CCACUGCCAUGGAGACCAUUGGGAGCUGAAGGAGCUGCUGGCACCCAGAAAGCAGCGGAAGAAAGAGGAGGCCAGUGGUCCUGGACUAGCUGAGCAAGUGGGUGAGCCAGGAGCCAAGGCCACCUACUUAGCACAGUGCCCAGGUGGCAGCUGUGGAAGGGAACAGCAGGAGGGGUUCAGAGAGCCAUGAUCUGUCUGUCCUCUUCUUUCUGCAACCAUGUUUAUCACUGUGAUGUUUGGAGCUGGUUGUCGGGUGCUGGUGAACCCCUGGUGCAGCCUGGUGACUUUCAUUAAGCAUCUGAAACAGAAGGCUCAGCUCCCUCCAGAAGUAACCAUUGCUCUUCUGGCUGAAGACGGGCACCUGGUGAGUCUGGAAGAGGAGAUCGCCCAGGCCCCCUCCAUGGCCUGUUCCCUGCUACAGGAGCAAGGGACCUAUAUCCUGGUGCAGGUCAUUAGGAAAGAUGGGACCCCCACUCACUAUGAAUCCCUACUGGACAACUUAGAUGACCAGUGUCCGGAGUUAGCGGGUAUGUAUCAAAUAAGUGGGGGUGGAACAAAUCUACCCAGCUCCCGGCAACAGGAUUUCCCGGGUCUUCCAGAGGAGCUGGGCUGGCUCUCCGGCUUUCCAGGCACAAGCAACAGUCAGAGAAGACGCACAGGCAUUCGGUGUGGCCACCGGGAACACGGUCCCCUUUCAAGGUCUCGGAGGGUGGCCUCCCUACCAUCUAGAAACCGCUAGCUGGAGCCAGAGCCAGGAGGUCCUAUGACCUAGCGCACCACAGCCAAGUGGCCCAGCUAGACUUGGAUCCAAGGGGACUGGCCCUGACCUCUGCAUUAUGAUCAACUGCAAACAGACAGCGGUCCAGCGACACUCCUCUUUCAGAAUCUGGCAUUACUAAGAAGUUGCAUCAGCAAGAAGGAAAAGGUCACAGACAGGAUGCAAGAGCCCCCCCCCCCCAACACAUUCCAGUACAGGGAAAAGGAUCCAAGGACAAAAACAAGAAGAGUGAGGGGCAGAUGUCCCGGUGGCGCAGACAGCAGACUCCUCUUGAGGUUUCAGGGGCUAAGGCCUUGGGUCAUUUGCAAAUGUCUCACCCCUCUCCCCUACUUAGAGAUCCUCAGAGUAAUCUGUCCUUAGCUAGCCACAUGCAGAUUAUAGCAGGGUUCCUCCCCCCCUCCCCAGAGGUUCAAGGGCAGCCUAGAGUUACACAGCAAGAGAUAUUUUCUCUCUACAAGCGAGUGUGCGCGCGCGCGCACACACGCACACACACAAGGUACAGUACACUCAUGAGACAUCCAUUCGCCCAUCUCUCCUGACCCCAUCUCCCACCAGACAGGGAAUCAGUGGGCACACAGCAGGCUGUGGUCUAAAGUAAACUCUUUAAUGGAA